AUGUGCUCUCCGAUCGCGGACCACCGCAAUCUUCAUCUUGAUAAGGAGAACGCGAUAACAGUUGGUGGUGUCCGAAGAACUACGACGCCGAGUAGCACUAAUGCCACGAGGGAUUCACAGCUGUUGUCAGUGCUGGCUGCCAGGAGACGCCAACUUCUGACAGGGAGGCUGGCCACACAUAUCAACACUCUGGCUGCACUUGCACACAAGUCCAACAAGAGCAACACCACAUUCGCCCAGUUAGAAAUAAGAGACUCAAAUAGUUCAAUAGUCAAAAGAAUAACUUUUGACAACUCAAGCAAUGAACAUGCCCCUACGCUUAAGUUAAUUACCACCGAUGGCACAAAAGAGAUACGUCAGUUAGUCAAACCACACGAAAUCAGGCACCUUUUUAUACCUAAAGGCUAUCAAGAAAUUAGAAGUAGAGCUGGUUUUAUGAAUAAUCGCAGAAAUCUUAAUAGCACUAAAUCUACUCCGACUUCUGAACCUGUUACAGAAAAUAGUGUAGUGUAUGUUCCACCAGAAAAAUUAGAAGGCCUAGAUAAGGAAGUAGAACUAGAUCCAGAAGAAGAAUUUCAAGUGGAUGAGUCAAAUCAUGGCCUUUAUUUACUUAAUUAUUCAGACUCAGAUAACGUUACACAAACUGUUAAUACUAAUAAAACUACCACAAGUAAUGAAGUACGAGAUAACAAUGUAUCUAGUACUGAAGCAACAACAACAGCUGUAUCUAAAGAAGAUGUCACUGAAAAUAUAAAAAUAAAAGAAAAAACUGAAAGCAAUGUGAUUGCAAAUAGCACAGAUACAGACAGUACAAAACUUGUUAAAAUAGAGUAUGAAAAGGAUAAAGAAAAUCACACGUCAUAUAUUUCAGAUGAAAUUUAUAAUCAUUUUCGUCCACUCGAGUCCGAAUUACCAGUUGAAGAUAUGGCACCAUUUAUUUAUUUUGGACAAAAAAUAGGAGGUCCAGCAAUAAGUGACAAUUUGACAUAUUCUCCAACUUUAUCUGCCUCUACAAAAUCUGUUAAUUUCAUAGUCCCUCCUCCUGAAAAAAAGAAAUUCAACUCAAGGUAUUCUGCAACAGAAAAAUAUAAAAAUACAAGCGCUGAAGAAGAAGAAUUAAAUGAAGAUAUGGAUGUAUCAGUAGUUAAAAAUAUUAUUGAGAAAAAUAAAAUUAGAAAUACUGUAAAAGGCCCAGCACCAGCUAGAUCUGUGGGUUUAGUAAAUGCUUAUCGAAAGUAUUCGAGUACUACUCAAGCUGCAACUAAAGCUCCUAAUAUAGCACAACUAAAUGUGACAGAAGCUGUCAUACAGAAUAUAACGCCCAGUGCUAUAGAUAAAAAUAAGGAAAGUAAUAGUAACAUAACAAACUUAUCUAAAGAAGCAUCUGUACUAACAAAUACUACACAAAUAGGCAUUGCACAACCCUUGAACAGCAAUACAAGCUAUACAAUUAAGCCAAAUAAUACCACAGCUCCUAGAAAUUAUACACGAAAUUAUUUUAAUAUACGAAGACGACCUGCAAGAGUAACAACAGUAUCUAGUACUGAAAACAUUUUAGGUGUCAAUACGACUACUACAGAGAAGAUAGCAACAUCAGUUUAUACAGCGGUGGUAACUUCGGUGUCUAUAACAUCUUCAAUGAAAGGACAUAAUAAAACAGAUGUAACAUCUAAAGAUUUUGACAAUGCCACGGUUGUAGAAACAUCAAUUGACAAAAAUACGACAACUAUGAAACCUAUAACUUUAAACGACGUAGAAACGACUUCAUCCCCUAUUACGAACACGUCUACACUAAAACCGAACAGGCAUAGAAUAAGGAUAAGAACCACAACUACAGAAAGCAAUUUAAAUUCCAGCCCCAGUCCAAAACCAAUAACUUAUAAACCACCUGAAUUGCCGUUGGCAAGUGAAUUAUCAACUCGUAACACUGAUUUGAAAAAUGAAGUGUCUACUUCUAAAUUACCAGAAAGGUUGGCAAAUUUGUACAAACAUAACUAUGAUAAUUCCACUGGCAAUGUAGGAGGAAGACCUAAAAAUAUUCUACGAAGACGACGACCGACGACAACCACCACGACAAGCACUACAACUACCACGACGCCAGUCACAAUUCAAACUUUAGGUGAAAGAGUUUCUAAGCAAUCAAAUCCAUUCACGACCGCUCCUAGCAUACCAGAAAUACCUUCCAGCACGAUACCAACUCAGAUUACUGAGACUAUAGAAACAACAUUUAAGCCGUUUGUUGUAACUUCUAGAACAUCUUCUGAAUCUAUUGCUCGACCUGUCUUAGUUCUUAACAAACAAGAAACAGGUGACGAUGUCACAACCGCUGUAAGUACUAAAAAGGAAAACGAAGAAGACCAAUCAUCACAAAACGAAGAGGUUGUUAUAGAAGCUGAUAAAUCUUACACUGCUUCAUAUGUAUUAGCUGGAUUAGGAUUUCUUCCAGUUGCGGCAAUAAUAGCGUUUGUAUUGAGAAAUUUCAUGAAUAAAAAGGCAAAAGAAUUAGAUACCGAAUACGAAGGAUAUUUUGAUGAUGGCGAUAUCAAAAAGGAGUCUCCUAUAACGACAGUAGCGCGACCUCCUUUGCCUACUCCAACAAUGCCUGAUCAGAAAUGGGAGUUUCCAAGAAAUAAGUUAAGGUUGCAAACAUUAUUGGGCCAGGGAAAUUUCGGACAGGUAUGGAAAGCCGAGGCAGAUGAUUUGAAUGGUCACGAUGGUCUGACUAGGUUAGUUGCAGUGAAGAGUAUCAAAGAGACAGCGUCUCAGAAGGAGAAGCAAGAACUACUUCACGAAAUCUACAUCAUGCAGAAGAUUGGGACUCAUCCUAAUGUUGUCACCUUACUCGCAUGUUGUACUGAACAAGAGCCCUAUCUCUUGAUAAUGGAGUACGUGAUGUGCGGCAAGCUGCUGACAUACUUGCGCGAGCGGCGGUCCCGCCCCGACCGGUUCAGUGGCAGUGGCGCCCUCACCUCGAGGGAUCUCACCGUGUUCGCCUACUGCGUAGCUAGAGGGAUGGACUACAUCGCUUCUAAAGGCGUCUUAGCCGCAGUAACUGAGGGUUACCGGCUGGAGCGGCCGCCGCACUGCAAGCCGCAGCUGUACCGCGCCAUGCACUCCUGCUGGCACGCGGACCCUUCCCAGCGACCUUCAUUCGCCACGCUCAAAUCUCAACUGGCUGAACUUCUAGACAAUGAGCCAGCUGAAGGGAACUACGUCGAUCUGGACUCGUUCUACCAGGAGUCUUCCGUCUAUAGCGACCCGUCAGCCAUUAUCAAUGAUGAUGAAGGGCUGUCCGCUGAGUACGACAGGGAGAGGAGGUGCUUUAGGGAAUUAUCAAAAGGCCCAACGAAAUUCGACAACCGAGCGUUUAAUUUUCGCGACGAAGAGCUCCGAAACAAAUUUGGCAUCGGCACCUCUCGCAUGGGCGGCUUCGGCAUCAGAGACGUGCCGUUCAACGAUCGCAACUUCUCCGACGGCGAAUUUAACGAACGCACCUUCUCCGACAAGAGUUUCACCGAAAGGAACUUCACGGACAAGAACUUCAAUGACCCGAACUUCACAGAGAGAAAGGACGGGAAACUAUCAACGUCCAGUUUCCACAGAGAGAGGGAGAAGGAGAACCCGUUAGUCAGUAGGAACAGUUUCAGUGGCUUUCCCCGGAUAGGCACGAGGGAGAACCACUUCCAAAUGAAUCCAGAUGGUAGGAAUAAGAGAGUGCCAGAGUUCGAAUGCGACAUCUGAACCUAUGUUGGUUUUUGCUUUACUUUUGAC